AUGAUGCUAAGACGCAGCCUGUUUCUGCUCAAUAAAGGGCUGACAAGACGAGCUGUACCCAUCAAAGCUCCAAUCGCUCACAGAUGUCUGUCCUCCACGAGGCUGCUUCUAAAAAAGGGUAAAUCUAAAGAGGCCGCUCCAAAAACCCCUCAGCCCACCCUCGAUCUCGACAAGCUUCGAGGGCAGUGCCAAGUAGUCUUGGACAAGCACUCAAGGGAACUCUCUGAAAUCAAAGUCGGCAGAGAUAAUGUCGAAGCUGUAGCGGAUCUCCGCGUUCCAAAAACCAAGCUGCCAGUUUCAAAGUACGCAGAUGUCUUUCAAAAGGAUCCACGGACGUAUGUUGUCACGGUCUUCGAUCCAGAUGAUGUCAAGCUUGUUGUCUCAACCAUUGCACAGUCUGGUCUCGGCUUCAAUCCUCAGCCAACACCCAAAAAUCCCCAGCAACUGACCAUUGCCAUUCCACCGCCCACAGAGACCUUUAAAGAGGAACAGGCGAAAAAAAUUGCAAAGAAGCUGGAGGUGACAAAGAUGAUGCUACGUGCGAUUCGAAAUGACUGGAUGAAACGCGUACAAAAGUUGAGCAGCAAAGAUGAGAUUAAAGACGGCGAGCGCGACGUGUCAGCCAUCAUCGAGGUGUUUGCCAAAGAUGCGGAAAAGGAGAUACUGAAGGCAAAGCCUUAA